AUUACCCACACGCACUCUCGCUAAGCCAAACAAUACACUACGAUGGGUGACAAGCGGCUCAACGACCUCCUGCGAUGGAGCAUCGAAAACACAGAGAGCACCGAAUUUCCCAAUGGCCCCUCCACUGACGCCCAAUUACCACCGCCGACCAACCUCACCCCGGAGCUUAUGGCCGCUCUCAUGGGCGGCCCCUCCGAUGCCGACCUCAUGAAGGGCUCCAUGGAGAUCAUCAACGAUCCCGAGGUCAGCCUGGAGAACAAGCUCAUCGCCUUUGACAACUUCGAGCAACUCAUUGAGAACCUCGACAACGCCAACAACAUCGCCAACCUUGAUCUGUGGACCCCGCUGCUUGGGCACUUGAGCAAUCAGGAGCGUGAGCUGCGCAAGAUGGCGGCUUGGUGCGUCGGCACGGCUGUCCAGAACAACGAGCGCACACAGGAGCGGCUGCUGGCCAUGGGGGGGCUUACGCCUCUUGUUGAGAUGGCGCUGAAGGAGGACGAGGCCGAGGACGUUCGACGCAAAGCAAUCUAUGCGCUGAGCUCUGCCGUCAGGAAUUACCAGCCUUCCAUGGAUCUCUGCACGGACGAGUUGAACAAGCGAGGAUUUACAGCGACCAAAGUUGACGCCGCCGACAUGGAUGCUGUUGAUGUUGUCAUCCACGGUCUCAGGGAAAAGGUCAAGAAUGCCGCCGUUGCGGCUUCGGCUUGAGGUGUAGCGUUUUAAAACAGCUCCAAUAGAAAAGGGACAUUGGGCGGAGUUGGGCGUUUUGUAGGUCUUGGAUGGAUCAACUGAUAUGGACUUGCAUGUAGAGAUAUCCUACAAUAUUCAUACAAUUGUAUCUAACGGUUAGAGUCUUUUUCUUAACGAUACAUGUGUUGUACAAUUUUUUUUAUAUUCCCCCACUUAUUUUUUUUUAGUAUUUGCCAAAUGAUGUCGUCGACGUGAUAUUCAUCAAUGUGUAAUCUUUCCGUAGAAAGGGAAUCCCAAUGCUUCCAUGAGCAGCCUGCCCUGUCUAUCCGAGGUAGCAGAGGUGUGAAUGAAAAUAUGGCAACCAGGCAUCAGCUUAGGAGGAUACAUAUCGUAGUUAAACUCAAUCUCCGGGAAAUAAGACAUCCAGGCAGGCUUCAUACCAAACGCAAUGUUGCCCGCGCUGUCACCACUGGUAGCCUUAAUGCCCGGCCAGUCCUUGAUUUUGGGCAGAACCAGCGUCACCAGCUUGUCGACAAAGUCGUAGGCCGCAGCGCCGCGGAGGGUUGUCUUAGCACCGGCUUUUGAUCCCUUUCGGACGCCCCAGUGGAUGACAUUGUGUUUCACAGUCGUCACCUCGGGGAACUGGCCGCUGAUGGCUUGGACCACAGCUCGGGCGACAUGAAGAUACUCCUUGUUGUCGGCAGCCAGAGGAGCAUAUGAGUUAAUGGUGACAGCCUCGAUCUCGGGAAUGUUGUGCCAGGCGAUGUCCCGCUCUAAUAUUCCAAGCCUCGAUGAGCCUCCACCUCUUGGUCCUCUGCUAGGUCGAUUCUUGUGAUAUGGCGAAGAUCCGUCCCACUGGCGCAGCACUCCCUUCUUCGAUUCAAUUGGUACAGUCCCGGGAGGAGUAUGGUUGUAUGUGAGGGUCAUUAGGUCUGGCGCAAUGGUGCUGUCGUACGUGUGCUUCAAGCGAGGGAAGCUGAACGGUCCAGGAACGAAAUCUCGCGCCGUGGGAUCGGAUGAAGGCGGCGCCUGGACUGGAUGGAGAGGACCUCGAUUAUACUUGGGAGGAUGGUAUUGGUAUCGGUUACCAGGGAGCCUCCUUCCGGUUCGGUUUUGGCUCUGAGAUUCCUCAAAAGCAUUAACGAUGUUCUUGUCGGGCUGCGGCGCUGAAAACGAAGAUGUCGACUCGAUAUCGGCGAUGCCAUCUGCCUUCACAGAGGCAUUGUGUGCCGCCCUGGUGGAGGCAAAUCCUCUGGCGCAUAGCGGAAUAGAUUGGUUGGUUGCCAGCUUUUGCCUCAAGGCUCUUGCCAGGCGAGCGCCUUCUCGAGAGACCGCCAUUGUCGCCUGAGCAAAAGACGCAAUGCU